AUACAAAAAGGAAAGGCUGUGCUGUCGAAAGGUGGUGCAGGACAUUUUCAUUUUGCGGCUCUUACCUCGUCUCACUCCAUUGCAGACGCCGUUGUAUUCACGCGGCGCCUCUGCUGUCCAUUGAGUGGGAAUGCGGAGGAAAUGGGAGACGGGGAGGAAUGCAGAAAGACACCUCACAUUGGUCUUUAAUCAAGAGCUUCAUUGGAAUGCCUGUAUUUCUACGCUACACGUGACGCGCAAACGGUCACAGGCCCCAACACUGUUUACACACUGUACAGACGUCAUCAGCGGUAGUAACUUCGUUUCGGUGAGUGGCCUUUGACAACAUUUACAGCGCUUUCUCGUGAUAACCACGGGCGCUAUCGGUGAAUGACGUGCAUGCGCAAUGAAGGCUGAGCUUGGCUAAUCACAUGCGCAAAUUUUCACGCUACUAACGUCAUAUAUGCUAACUUUCGCCAAAGCUUACUCUCGCAAGUAACAUCCUCGAGCGCUGCUACUACGCGUAGCAGCUGGGAGAAGCGUGUAGCCGUGCGGGAAACGCAUUAUGCCAGAUGCGCUAGCGAUGACUAAAGCGGGCCGCCAAAGUCAACAGAAAGCGAACGAGCCAUCAGGACCUAAGAUGACCAUUCCUUCGAAGCGUUUACAAGCCGCUUAUCUGCCUCGUGCCAAGUGCGGCGUCGUUUCACGAUGACGUUUGUGCGAGUAAGAAAAGCGCACCGUCAAGGUGCUCCGCACUGAGAAGUACAAACGUCGAGCUAUAGCGAGAACGCGUGCGAAAACGAUCCUCUGACGAGGCACCACCUGGCCGCACUUGGAUGGCAGCGCAGCUUUCAACCAACCAGUGAAAAUCCCCGCCAGCGUGAUUCAUCUGAGCAAGACGGUGACCUCCUCGCAGACCACAGAUCGGCAGAUACCGACCUGGUUGUGACGCGCUGACCAGAAAGGGGAGAUGGCGGCGUCGCUAACGACGAGGAACGGUUUUUCCGGCAGCUUCAGCGGAAAUGGCGCCGGCGACGCCUCUACCAACGGAACUGCCUUCGUCAACAGGGCGUUCGAAUCGUACGAGCGCUCUGCUAACGGCGGCACCGAUGUCGCCAAGACGGUGCACCCCAGCUACGGGUCGGCCAUCUGGAAAGAUGACUCCGAGGCCGCGAAAUCGAACAGCAAGGAGAAAGCGCCGGUGGGCUGCUGGGAAAAGUGCAAGCGGGACGCCUGGUUACUGCCUCUGGUGCACAGCGAGUUCUGGAUCUCAGCCGCCUUCUCGCUCAUUCAGCCCUUCUACCCAAUUCUGGCUUCUUCAAGAGGCAUAGAAGCGUGGAAGUAUGGAUUUGUGUUUUCCCUUUUCAAAGUAUUUAUGUUAAUUGGAUCCAUCACCGCAGAAAAAAUGAUUACCAGAAUCACACCCACAGCCUGUUAUCUGUUCGGGCAAGGAGGGUUCUUCAUUUUCACCAUACUAUUCGGUUGCCUCUACUGGUCCCCCGGAGGCAACGUCCUGCUGGGCCUGUCCAUGGCAUGCGUCGUUCUCGGAGGCAUCACCAACACAUUCUACCUUGUCAGCAUGUUCGCUGUCUUCACGACGCGCUUCCCGAAAUACAGAGGAGCUAUAAUUGCGUUCCUAGAAUUCCUCUGGGGAUCUGGCAAUAUGGUGGGAUCGGCUAUUGGUGGCGCUCUGAUUGACGCAUGGGCCUACCCGCUUCCGUUCUUCGUGUUGGGAGCCAUUACAAUGCUGUCAUUUCCAGUAAUCGUCAAAUUUAGUUCAAAACUCAACCAGUACUCAGGAGAUGAAGAGAGCGAUGACGUACCAGGAAAAUGCGGCCAGAAUAGGAGCUACUACUGGCUUCUCAUCGACCCCGUGUUUCUCAUCGACAUGGUGACACUCAUGAUGAGCUGGGUCAUUCUAGGAUUCAACGAGCCUACACUGGAACCCAGCCUAGAGGAUUUCAACCUCACUGGUACAAUCUUGGGCAGUGUGUACACGGUCCAGUUUGCCAGUUAUUCUUUGGGAGGCUUCAUUGCCGGCGCCUUCUCUCACUAUAAGUUGGAGGCUUUCUACGCCAUGGUGGGCCAGCUGUUUACCAUAGUGGCAUAUCUUGUAAUAGGACCUGCACCAUUCCUGCCUGUUUCUCGGACGCUAGCACUCGUUUAUAUUUCGCAAGUUUUCACCGGCCUGGGAAUGUCAGCGCAGUUUGUCUGCGGAUACUGCCAUGGACUGAGACGUGCUGUACAACGUGGAUACCCCGACAAUCUACGCACAAACGGUUUUCUUUCAAGUACAGUGCUCACAUUUGCAGUAUUCGGGGCAAUGGUGACGCCCCCAAUCGCCGGCUACGUCGUCGAGUUGUACGGCUACAGGAAAGGCACCAUGCUCAUGUUCGGAAUUCUGCUUACAUGGGCGCCUGCCACCGUAGCUCUCUGGCUACACUCCGUCUUCGGUGCGAAGGAAGCAAUCAUAACGUCGAAAACUCCCUCGGGUCCACUUGAAUCAAGCAGGAACGUCGACGACUGGCAUAUGAGUUGCCUCAUAGUUCCAUUCGUUGUACACAUUUUAUUCAUUUGUUUCAUCUGUAUUAAUAAAUUACUCUUGCAUCAACAGACUAGUUCAUAAAAUACUGCGCCAAAAAGCAAUCAAUAAAGCUUUUUGUAUAUAUACUACUUGAUAAUCAUUAUACUAGAAAAAUGGUGACUUUAACGCUACAGUGUCGUCACUGGUCUCGAAAAGUGAGUGUUUGCUCUUACUCGGAGAAGCCUUGAGACAUUUCGGAUGUUAUGUUGGAUUGUGAAUGCGCACGUAAGAGGAGUGAAGUUAUAGCUUUAUAGCGUUUUUAUAUAUUUGCUUUCACUGGCCUUUGUUUCAAUUAUAACUCAUUCGUCGCAAAAAUAAUGUGACGUAUCUGUUUUUCCCAUUUAAACCGAACACGCUGAAUUGAUAGUCACAGAUCUGUGACUAUAAACCGUUGUAAACUUAUAAUGUCGAUAAGGAGAAGAGUUUAAGAUCUCUAAAUUUCAUGCUUUUGUGCCGCUCGAAAUAAACGCAACUGCAUCUUGG